AAAUCGCCCUUUUCCGUUCGUCUUCUUCCCUAAUAACACACAAAUUCACACAGUGGAGAACUUUUUCUUCUUUUUCCGUCCAUGGCGGGGAAGCUAUCAACGUGUUUUUUGAGCCAUCAAUGGAGCUGUUGUACAGUGGUUGACUGUAAGCAUUUGAAUGUGCGCUUUUACUCUUUGCCUUCUCCUCGGUUUGCUACAGUUUCCUGCAAGAUACGUCAACGUAACUCCAGCUUACCACCUAGGAGACCACAAGCAAAGAAAAUCAUCCCUGCACAGAUUCCUCAAAAUGACAAUCUCAUGACACCUGGCAAUGAAAAUAGUGAUUCAGAAAAUGAAGAUGACUUUUCUCAUCAGUGUACCUCUGAUGAGGUUGUAGCAAUUCAACGUUUUGAUGAUAAGAAUUCAAACAACAAACUGAUCCCGUCUAUUGGUGCAGAUAAAGUGGGCGAGGUUACAACUGUAAAUCUUCAGGAUGUAAUAGGAAUGAUACGUAAUGCAGAGAAAAAUAUUCAUAUCCUAAACCAAGCCCGAAUCAAUGCAAUUGAAGAUUUGGAAACAGUUCUUAGUGAAAAAGAGGUCUUACAAAGAGAAAUCAACAAUUUGGAAAUGAGGUUAGCUGAAACUGAUGCCAGAAUCAGAGUUGCUGCACAAGAUAAGAUACAUGUUGAGCUUUUACAGGAUCAUUUAGAGAAACUUCAAUCUGAAAUGUCUAAUAAUGGAGCACAUGAUGCUGUUGUUCUUCGAUCUCCUGAUCGACAAACCCGUGCUUUAAGUGAGGAGCUGAAUGCAUUAAGAAAUGAAAACAUGUCCCUGCAAAAUGACCUAAAUACCCUUAAAGAACAACUCAGGGAUGUCAAGAGAACAGACGAACGUGUUGAAAUGCUUGAAAAUGAACGCACUGUUUUGGAAUUGUCCAUAAAGGAGUUGGAAUACAAGCUCACUGUUUCUCAACAAGAUAGUGUUCAACUUUCAACUUUAAGAUCAGAGUGUGAGACCCUUUGGAAUAAGGUAGAGCAUUUGCAAGGAUUACUUGACAAGUCAACAAGUCAAGCAGAUCAAGCUAUCUUAGUACUACAACAAAACCAGGAGCUUCGAAAGAAAGUUGAAAGACUUGAAGAGUCUCUUGAAGAUGCCAACAUUUACAAAUUAUCAUCAGAAAAGCUACAACAAUAUAACGAUCUAAUGCAACAGAAAAUUAAACUACUUGAUGAACGCCUUGAAAGAUCAGAUGCAGAAAUACAUUCUUAUGUACAAUUAUAUCAAGAUUCAGUGAAGGAGUUUCAAGAAACACUUGACAAUUUAAAAGAAGAAAGUAAGAAAAAAGCAUCGGGUAAACAAGUGGAUAUGCCAUGGGAAUUUUGGAGUCGUUUAUUGCUUAUGUUUGAUGCUUGGUUUCUUGAAAAGAAAAUUCAUGGAGAUGAGGCUAAGUUUUUAAGGGAAAUGACAUGGAAGAAAGAUGGAAGGAUUCAUGAUGUUUAUAUAGAAUGUAAGGAAAAAAAUGAGCGUGAAAUUAUUGCUGCUUUUCGUAGAUUGACAUCUUCAUCAUCCGGUUCAGGAUUGCAUGUUGUUCAUAUUGCUGCUGAGAUGGCUCCAGUUGCUAAGGUUGGUGGUUUAGGUGAUGUGUUGUCUGCUCUUAGUAAAGCAUUACAGAAGAAAGGACAUCUUGUAGAAAUAAUUCUCCCUAAAUACGAUUGCAUGCAGUAUGAAAGUAUCCAAAAUUUAAGGGUUCUAGAUUUAGCUGUAGAGUCGUAUUUUGAUGGCCAUUUGUUCAAAAAUAAAAUCUGGGUUGGUACUGUUGAAGGGCUUCCUGUUUAUUUUAUCGAGCCUCUUCACCCUGCUAAGUUUUUUUGGAGAGGAAAAACAUAUGGUGAACCUGAUGAUCUGAAGCGGUUUUCAUUCUUUAGCAGAGCAGCACUUGAGCUGCUACAUCAAUCUGGAAAAAAACCAGAUAUUAUCCAUUGCCAUGAUUGGCAGACAGCUUUUGUUGCACCCCUCUACUGGGAUCUAUAUGCACCCAAAGGAUUAAAUUCUGCUCGAAUAUGUUUCACAUGUCAUAAUUUUGAGUAUCAAGGAACUGCAUCUGCUUCAGAGAUAGCAUCUUGUGGUCUUGACAUUCAUCACCUUAACAGACCUGACAGAAUGCAGGACAACUCAUCACAUGACAGACUCAAUCCUGUUAAGGGUGCAAUUGUGUUCUCUAACAUUGUAACAACAGUGUCCCCAACUUAUGCACAAGAAGUGCGAACUUCACAGGGAGGACAAGGGCUUCAUGCAACACUUAAUGCUCAUUCUCAAAAGUUUGUGGGGAUUCUGAAUGGAAUUGAUACUGAUUCAUGGAAUCCUGCAACUGACACAUAUCUCAGUUUCCAAUACAAUGCCAGUGAUCUUGAGGGGAAAUUUGAGAAUAAAAAUGUCUUAAGAAGACACCUUGGACUCUCUUUAUCUGAUAGUAGGAGGCCAUUGGUUGGAUGUAUAACAAGAUUGGUGCCACAGAAAGGUGUGCAUCUCAUCAGGCAUGCAAUAUACAGAGCAUUGGAAUUGGGAGGACAAUUUGUAUUGCUUGGUUCUAGUCCUGUGCCAAAUAUCCAUAGGGAAUUUGAGGAAAUUGCAAAGCAAUUUCAAAACCAUGAACAUAUUCGACUGAUUCUCAAGUAUGAUGAGGCUCUUUCCCAUUCUAUAUAUGCAGCAUCAGACAUGUUCAUCAUCCCAUCAAUAUUUGAGCCAUGUGGCUUGACACAGAUGAUAGCCAUGAGAUAUGGUGCAAUCCCCAUUGCUAGAAAGACAGGUGGUCUAAAUGACAGUGUUUUUGAUGUUGAUGAUGAUACGAUUCCAAUACAACUCAGAAAUGGAUUCACAUUCGUAACACCUGAUGAGCAUGCAUUCAAUGGUGCAUUUGACAGAGCGUUCAAAUUCUACAAAAAUGAUAGUGAAGGUUGGGAAGAGUUGAUGAAAAAAGUGAUGAACAUAGACUUCAGUUGGGACACAUCAGCAUCACAAUAUGAAGAACUUUAUCUUCAAUCUGUAUCCAAAGCAAAAGCAGCUCGACGUGCAGCUGCUGGAUAAUAGUAAUCCACCCAAACACUUUUCUCCUCAAAUAUAUAUUCCAAGACCACAAACAAAUGGUCAAUACACAACCAUAGAGAAAACUGACUACAUUUAGUGUCCCUUUUGUUCAUAUUAUAUAUCUUUCGAGAUUUAAUCCCGAUGUAAAUCAUGUCCAUAUGUGGUUUUAUGAAAUGACGUUGGAGAAAUUGUACAUUGAGCUUG